AUGGAAAUCGAUGAGGACGACGAUAAGGCAAUGAGAGACCUAGUGACCUAUUGCCAAAAACAAAACAUCUACGAAUCUCAAUUAAAGGAUUUUCAGCGUGAAUACUAUCAGAAAACGCCAAUCUGGUGGUAUACUCGUGAAUUUUUUCUCUAUGGUAUGCUCAACAAGGCUUUACGUUCACUUGAGAUGGAAGCCAUGAUCAAAAUGGGCUUUUUUAUCCGUAGUCUCCAUCAACAAUUAGAAAAGCUGCACAAAGAACAAUCAAAUGCGAAUAUGGAAAAAUUUAUCGUUUAUCGUGGUCAGGGGCUCAGUGAACAGGACUUUCGACAUUUAGUGAACACGAAAGGUGGACUGCUCUCAUUUAACAAUUUCUUGUCGACUAGUACAGAACAACAAGUAGCUGUGGAGUUUCUUGAACGUGCACUGUACAAAAAUAAAGACAUUGUGGGCAUUCUCUUUGUUAUGACAAUCGAUCCAACGAAAGUUUCGAGUUCGACUACUACGUUCGCACUUAUUGAUGAAUAUAGUGCUGUUAAAAGUGAAAAAGAAAUUCUCUUUUCAAUGCAUACUGUUUUUCGUGUCGGUGAUAUGAAACAUAGAAUCAACAAUAGUCACAUCUGGGAAGUUCAAUUGAUUCUCACCGACGACAAUGAUUUAGAACUGGCUGCUCUCACCAAAUGCAUACAAGGCGAGCUCUGUGGAUCCACAGAAUGGCAUCGAUUGGGAGACUUAAUGAUUCAAAUGGGUCACUUCAAUCAAGCUGAAGAAGUCUACAAUGAAUUACUCAAGAAUAUUUCAUGCGACAAUGAUAGAGCGCGCAUCUAUCACCAACUUGGAUGGGUGAAAGACGAUCAAGGACAAUACCGAGAAGCAAUUUCAUUUUAUGAGAAAUAUCUCGAAAUCAAGCAAAAAACUAUCUGUGAAGAUCAUCCUUUAUUGGCGGCUACCUACAACAACAUCGGUUUAGCGUAUAACAAUAUGGGAGACUACUCGAAAGCACUUGAAUUUUACGAAAAAGCACAUAAAAUUGAAGAAAAAGCUAUGCCUUCGGAUCAUCCCGAUAUGGCUAAUUCUUACAACAACAUCGGCCUUGUGUAUAACAACAUGGGUGACUAUUCGAAAGCACUUGAAUUUUACGAAAAAGCGCUUAAAAUUAAAGAAAAAACUCUGCCUCCGAAUCAUCCUGAUUUGGCUAUUGCUUAUGACAACACCGGUGCAGCGUAUUACGACACGGGUGACUACUCAAAAGCACUUGAGUUGUAUGAAAAAGCAAAUAAAAUAUUCGAAAAAGCUCUGCCGCCAAAUCAUCCCAAUUUAGCUUCUUCCUACAACAACAUCGGCAAUGCCUAUAGUGCCAUGGGUGACUACUCCAAAGCAAUUUCAUUUUUAGAACUGGCGUUUGCUAUUGGACAGAAAUCACUUCCACCAACACAUCCUCUACUCAAAACAUUCAUAAGUAGUCUUGACUAUGUAAAAAAGAAGUUGUAA